AUGCCUCGUCAACGCCGUGGUGCCGCUCCCACCCCCGCGCGCAGCGCUCCCACUAGACCUACUGCCGCACCCGCCAGACCGGCAGCUCCUGUCCAGCAGCAGCACAGCCAGCCUCACUCGACCUCCGCGCAUCCUCCUGCCGCUGCUCCUGCCGCUGCUCCCCCGGCCCCGAUGGCUGCUCCUGUCCAGAGCUCCGGCCCCGGUCUCUUCGGCCAGAUGGCUUCCACCGCUGCUGGUGUAGCAGUCGGAUCCUCCAUCGGCCACGCCAUCGGCGGGUUCUUCAGCGGCGGCGGCUCCAGCGCCCCCGCCGAGGCCGCUGAGGCCGCUGCUCCCCCGGCCGCGCCCCAGGCCAUGGACAACGCCCUCUGGGCCGGCAACGCCACCAACAGCUCCUGGGAGAACCCAGCCUGCGCCACCGACGUGCAGAACUUCCGUCGCUGCAUGGACGAGAACCAGGGCAACAUGUCCAUCUGCGGAUGGUAUUUGGAUCAGCUGAAAGCCUGCCAGGCUGCUGCUAAGCAGUACUAG